CGUAGUUUAGUCCAAGUGCACCGCCCAGGCGAGGAGAGUCCAAAGUUGGGAGAAGUCCUCCUCCGUCCCGCCGCUGAAUCAAUCUGCAUCCUCGCUCUAUGUGUGGACUUAACCUUCAACCGCCUCCCAACCAUCCAAACACAUUUUUUAAAGGUUUGUUAACCCCCUCAUAGUGGAAUUACCAUUGAGUAGGCAUCAUUCCAGCAUCAAAACCCAAACAUCCACCAUGGAGUCCUCCGCUCUUCUUCUCUGCCUCGCUGUUGUCAUCGUCUCUGCCUCAAGCCCGACAUGUGAUCCUGUGAAGCUUAGCGACAAUUCCCAGAACUACGUGAGGGAGAUGCAAAUAGGCUGUUGGACCAGCUUUGUUGGACAAGACAAGGCCGAGGUCCACAUCCUGAACCUGAACUUUGCUGCCACGGACGGGAAGAUGUUUUCUUUGGAAAUGGCCGAAGCAAGGGCGAUGAACCUGAUCGUCACGUCGCGCGAAACAGCCCACUGUCUCAUCAAUGAGGUCAACGCCGGUGUCAACAUUUACUUUUUACAGAGAAGUAACACCUCCACAGUUGUCCUGCACACCAACGGACAUCUCAGCAAUGUCCACACUGUCGACUUCCCCAGUGAGGACGAGGAGCUGGUCAAGUGGGCGACCAAGAAGUUCGGAGGUGUGACUUCCUUCACCACUGUCGCCAAUCCUAAAUUGAUGCUCUCGAAGGCAACAGAAGGAACAAAAGCAGGCUCUGAAGAAUGCAUACUCCAAAAUGAAGAUCCCACAGAAAAGCAGUUCAUGAAGAUUGAAGCAGAGUCCACAUUCAAGUCCUGUUCCCCGCAGCAAAGUGCAGACGACCCUGAUCUUCAUAUCAUAAACAUCCCAGGGGACGCUGCCAUUCGCAACGUCUCGGUUCGGGUGGACAGAAAGAAGACCAGCGUGUUCCUGCGGGGUCCACAGGGCACCACAUGGACGUUCCUCAAUCUACAACACACCAAGUUUUGUAGUAACAACGAGAUCGUGCUGGCCGCCUUCGCCCACAGAAUCCAGCCUGAAAUCACGAUGAGCAGCGACAAAGCUGAGGACGUGCAGAGGAAGGCUUUGGAUUAUUUCAAAGUGGCCACGUUCACCAGCUACACCGAAAUCCGAUCGGAAGAGUCGACAUUGUUACUGGUUCUUGGUCAGGAAAGUUCCACAGUGACAACCACGGUAGCAGAACCCACCCUGUCUUCCACCACGGUGCCGCCUGAUCAGAUGCCUCUGUUGAUGCAGCUCUACACGUCCCCGGAUUACCGCUCGCCUCUGGACCCCAACGCCAAGGUGCAGAGCGACAAGAGAAUCUACGCAGAGAUUUCGGGCAACACUCUGGGCGCCAUGGUUUUGACCAUCCAGGUGAUCAGCUGUUUCGUGCGCUCCAAAGGCUCCUGCCCGGUCCUCAAGGAGCUUCCCUUCAUUCCAGAGUACUGCUCCUUGAAUUCCUGUCCCAACAGCACGCGACUCAGCUUCUCCCUGGAUCAGCUCCACGAGGUGACCUCCACCACCUGGGACGUGGAAUGUUCCGUCAAACUUUGCUACAGCAAGAAAUGUGUGGACGGGGGAAGAGUGAAGAGGAACCUGGAGGUCACCCCGCCUUGUCAGCAAACACUAAACCCUCCGUGCUUUGAUUUCGGCCUCCCCGGGGUCCUGGGCAUCGCAUUCGGAGGCUUCCUAAUAGGAGUGUUACUCAUUGGAGCAUUGUGGUUCAUCAAAAUCAAAACAGGUUACCCAACCGGACUGGACAUGGCCUCUCCUCUUCCUUCUGGGUGUCCAUGCUCAGGAGCCAAGCGACAACCGGUGUCCUCCAACCCGUCCCCCUCUGAGAACAGUAGCGCCAACGCCAGCAUCGGCAGCACCCAAAGUACGCCCACCAGCAGCAUGGCAUGAGAUGAGGGUGACCACCCACCAACCUCCCCCCAGCAGCAGCAGUCCGCAUCUCCCCUUAAAUUCACCGAUACGGGAUGGUUUUCUCUCAGAAAGCCGCCCUCCUCGCUCCCAUCAAAAAGCACAACUCUCAUCUUUGCCACACAAGCAUGGACGUCCUGGAGAGGGAGGAGGGUCGGUGGGGAGGGGUGUGACAGCCCACACAACGCCUUAAUGGAUGGCGUGUGACGCUCACCUCUCUUUAAAGUCCAGCUUCUAGACCGGAAGUUAAAGAGUGCAAGAGGAAGAAAAAAUUAAAUUGGCUUCCAAGCAACAGGAAAAACAAACCAUAUCCCCCCAAGAACCCAGCAGGAAAUUCACCGCAUUCCUCCGCAAAUUGUGGCGGCAGCACAAUAAUAGUCGGGACGGGAGAUGAAGCCCAACCAGCACAUCAAAACCAUAUCGUCCAAAUAUUAGGAAGCACACCUUAAAGGGGAACAUUAUCACAAUUUCAGAAGGGUUAAAACCAAUAAAAAUCCGUUCCCAGUGGCUUAUUUUAUUUUUCGAAGUUUUUUUUCAAAAUCUUACCCAUCAUGGAAUAUCCCGAAAAAAGGUUUUAAAGUGCCUGAUUUUCGCUAUCUGUAUAUCCACCUGUCCAUUUUCCUGUGAUGUCACUGCGUGACGCCAAUACAAACAAACAUGGCAGAUAGAACAGAAAGAUAUAGCGACAUUAGCUCAGAUUCAUACUCGGAUUUCAGCGGUUUAAGCGAUUCAACAGAUUACGCAUGUAUCGAAACGGAUGGUUGGAGCGUGGAGGCAGAUAGCGAAAACGAAAUUGAAGAAAAAACUGAAGCUAUUGAGCCAUAUCACGACAGACAGCGGCAACGAGGACGAAUUCGGCGAUCGCUUUCUAACCAACGAUUGCCUCUUUUGACCACUGGAGCAACUUAAAUCCGUCGAUUGGUAAGUGUUUGUUUGGCAUUAAAUGUGGGUGGAGGGAAAGGCUGGAUGCAAAUAUAGCUACAAAUGUACAUACAGCUAGCCUAAAUGGCAUGUUAGCAUCGAUUAGCUGGCAGUCGUGCCGUGACCAAAUAUGUCUGAUUAGCACAUAAGUCAAUAACAUCAACAAAACUCACCUUUGUGAUUUAGUUGACUUUAUCGUUGGAAAUGCAUCUGCUUUGAGUGCGGCAGGAUAUCCACACAUCUCUGUCGUAGCAUAGGUGUCGUCGGUAAAAUGUGCAGAACAAACGAGGGACUUUCGCAUCUUUUGACCACUGGUGUACUUGAAUCCGUCAAUUGAUAUGUGUUUGUUUGGCAUUAAUUGUGGGUGGAGGGAACGGCUGGAUGCCAAUAUAGCUACAAAUGAGGCAAAAUGAUGCAAUAUGUACAUACAGCUAGCCUAAAUAGCAUGUUAGCAUCGAUUAGCAUGCCGUGACCAUUGAUAUGUCUAAUUAGCACACUCCACGUAAGUCAACUUGAAACCUUCUCUGUUCGUGUUGUUACACCCUCCGACAACACACCGACGAGGCAUGAUGUCUCCAAGGUACGGAAAACAGUCGAAAAAACGGAAAAUAACAGAGCUGAUUUGUUUUUGUGUGUGUAAUGUGUUUGAUAAAAAUGGCGGAUUGAUUUCCCGUUGUAACGUCACGGGUGAAAGGUCAUCGCUCCGACAGCGAACAAUUGAAAGGCGUUUCAAUCGCCAAAUUCACCCUUUUAGAGUUCGGAAAUCGGUUAAAAAAACAUAUGGUCUUUUUUCAGCAACAUCAAGGUAUAUAUUGACGCGUACAUAGGUCUGGUGAUAAUGUUCCCCUUUAAAGAGGUAUUUCUCUUCAUUUGAGGUCAUUUUCUACCUCGGAGAUGUGGAAGCCACUUGUUUGUAGCUGAGCAAUUUCAUGCUGAUGUAUGUCAUUACCCCAUUCAUGAAAUAUUAUUUAAGGUAGCAUUAUUUUUUUUUUUUUUGAGAAAGUGCUUUUUCUUUAAUGUAGCAUUAACACACACAGAAAGACACAAAUACAUUUUUGUCAUACUAACAUCUUUUUUUUUUUUGGACGUGUUGUCACUCCCUGUGUAUGCAGAGAGUUAAAGGUGAGUUAUCGUAGCACAUGCCGCUAUCGAACAAAAAGCAAUGCUUUGUGAUUUUUCUUUCCUACUUUUGUUUUGUUUUAGACAUAUAACACAGGUAUUAAAAAUGAGAAGACUUUUUUCCAACUUAGAAUUUUUGGAAAACAAAGAAUCAUCGUAAUAACUUUUAACAAAAAUUAAGAAAAGGCUUGUUUGUUGUUAAUUGAAAAAAAAAAAUACUAAAAUUAUAUCAAUAAUGUUUGUUCUUACAUGAAAAAUUUAUGUUAUGAAACAUGUUUUAAACAUAUAACACAGUAAAUAAAAUUGAGAAAACUUUAUUCCAAAAUACAUUUUUUGCAAAAACAAAGAAACGUCCUAAUCACUUUUAACUAAAAUUAGGAAAAGGCUUGUUUGUUUUGUAAUUUAAAAGACAAAAAAAAAGAAAACUAAAUCAAUCUUAUUUGUUCCUACAUAAAAAAGUUAUGUUAUCAAACUUGUUUUAAGCAUAUAACACAGCCAUUAAAAAUUACAAAAUUACAAAAAUACAUUCCAAAUUUAAUUGUUUGCAAAACAAACACCCUAAUCACUUUUAAUGAAAAUUAAGAAAAAAUAGUUUGUUGUUAAUUAAAAAAACAAAAAAUAAAUCAAUCUUAUUUGUCCAUCCAU